UUUUCUUUUCUUUUUUUCAGCACAUGACUUUGUGUCCCAAUGUCCACCACUGGUGUUAGUGUUGAAGUGAGGCAUCGAGACAGUUGCUGUGGUCAGUACUUGUUCCGUCCCUGCUGCCGCUGACUUCAGGACUCCUUGGUGCAUCCCUCGCCUUGCCUGCUCAAUUGGUCACUUGAAUGUGGCUUUGAAGCAACCUCGCCGCCUUCUCCAGCAUCUCUGAGGUUCCUCAAGGCCAGCCAACUCCUCACAUCCAGAGUAGUGUUGCAGUGGAGGCUGCAAGGCGGGACGGCAGCUGGAGUGGCUGGGAUCAGCAGGAGCAGACUGCUACUGGUGUGAGGUUCAGGAGUGAUAAAAAAACACCACCAACACAACCACCAACAACAACAACAACUGCUGGCCUCUUCAUCCACAAAGGGGGAAGUUUGAAUUUCAGAAGUGUGAGAAGAUCUGAGAAUGAGAGCAAGUUUACUGACCAAAGCCAAGAGUGUGAGAAAAGACAUGCAGGGAAGGAUGACCUCAACAAAUACACCCACACACUCUGGUGUAAGACCUCAUGAAAGUCUGGAGUGUGGCAAAAGGUUUAGUAAUAGAAGUAACCCCAAACAUCACACCCUUACACACACUGGUGCAAGAAACCAUGAGUGUGAAGUUUGUGGGAAAUGUUUCAAUCACAAGGGUAACCUCAACACACACACCCUUACACACACUGGUGAAAGAAAUCAUGAGUGUGAAGUUUGUGGAAAAUGUUUCAGUCAGAAGGGUACCCUCAAAUUACACACUCUUACACACACUGGUGAAAGAAAUCAUGAGUGUGAAGUUUGUGGGAAAUGUUUCAGUCACAAGGGUACCCUCAAAUUACACACUCUUACACACACUGGUGAAAGAAAUCAUGAGUGUGAAGUUUGUGGAAAACGUUUCAGUCGGAAGGAUACCCUCAAAUUACACACUCUUACACACACUGGUGAAAGAAAUCAUGAGUGUGAAGUUUGUGGGAAAUGUUUCAAUCAUAAGGGUACCCUCAACACACACACUCUUACACACACUGGUGGAAAAAAACAUGAGUGUGAAGUUUGUGGGAAAUGUUUCAGUCUGAAGGGUACCCUCAAGAAACACACCCUUACACACACUGGUGAAAGAAAUCAUGAGUGUGAAGUUUGUGGGAAAUGUUUCAGUCGGAAGGAUAACCUCAAAUUACACACUCUUACACACACUGAUGCAAGAAAUCAUGAGUGUGAAGUUUGUGGGAAAUGUUUCAUUAGGAAGAGUAACCUUAAAUUACACACUCUUACACACACUGGUGAAAGAAAUCAUGAGUGUGAAGUUUGUGGGAAAUGUUUCAGUCGGAAGGGUAACCUCAAAUUACACCUUGUUACACACACUGAUGCAAGAAGUCAUGAGUGUGAAGUUUGUGGGAAAAGGUUCAAACUGAAGAGGAUAUUGGACAGGCACGUCUUCAGACACUCUGGUCAUAAAGGGUUCAAGUGCGAUGUUUGUGGGAAACGUUUCAUGACUAAGUGUGAGAUUGUCAGGCACAUGAAGGUCCACUUCUCCUGAGGUGCUGUGCUGAUUCAGUUCUGCUGUGUGUGUGAGUGCAAGUGUUUGUUGUGGUGGUGUUACAGGGCUGUGUGUAGCACAGAGAACAGAAAAUAUUCAUCUGUUGGAACAAAUGGUGACUGUGACGGCAUGAUCUGUUAUUCACUUUCCACCCCAGGCUUCAUGUGGUUGGUGGGUCCUGUGAAAGGUCUGAUCUUUUUGGUGACUGUGCUGGGCUGGCUGUUGUGGCCUGGGCUUAUUGGUCAAGUGUGUGUGUGUUAAUAGUAAUAAUAUAGUGUAUUUGGUCUUACCAGCCGCUAAGCUAAAAAUGUACACAUUAUAAACACAUUGUAAAGAACAGUAGGUAGGGGUUCA